AUGCUCUCUUCUAUCCUCGCUGCCCUCCAGUUGCCGUCAUCCCCCUCUGAGGGGGUUCCACAGCGACCCCCGCGCUAUCUAGGCGAGGAUACUACACCCACCAGUCGCCGAGAGAUCCUGGGUUGGUAUGCCUACGGGAUCGCAGCCGAGGUCUUUGCUGUGUCAGGUGUCGGGUCUUUCUUACCUCUCACCCUCGAGCAGCUGGCGCGAGAGCGCGGCACCCUCCAUACGAGCCACCUCCCCUGCGUGGGUCCUCAAGCGCCGGCAAACAAUGGCACGCAGUCAGCGAAUGACCAAUGUGUGGUCGGAGUUCUGGGGCUCGAUAUCAAUACAGCCAGUUUUGCGCUCUACACUUUCUCGGCUGCAGUUCUCAUCCAGGCCUUGACGUUGGUAUCAUUCAGCGCCUUGGCUGACUACGGGAAUAAUCGCAAAACGUUGCUCUUGGUUUUCGGCUUUGUCGGCUCCGCCACCAGCAUGCUGUUCCUGUUGAUCGCGCCCCCGGUAUUUUUCCUCGGUUCGAUAUUGGUCGUCGUCGGUGUCACCUGUCUCGGAUCGUCCUUUGUUGUACUCAAUUCCUUUCUCCCUGUCUUGGUCGCCAAUGACCCGUCUAUCCAAACUGUCAAGGGCGAGGACGGGGAAGAGUUAUCGAGCUUGGAUGGCAAUGAAGAUACCCCCGGUGAGAAUGAAUGGAACGAAGAGGACCAUUUGGAUGGGACGCGACCAGUGGACCACUCAAGCUCUUCUCCCGAGGAUGCCCGAGGCGCCACUCCAAGCUCAUCUUCGCCAGAGCUCCAGCUGUCUACUCGAAUUUCGUCCAAAGGGGUAGGUCUCGGCUACUGUGCGGCGGUUUUUGUACAAAUUUUGAGCAUUCUUCUGCUUGUAACUCUCUCCAAGACCUCUCUCGCCAAGGCAUCGGGCACCCUUCCGCUACGAUUCGUGCUCCUGCUGGUUGGUAUCUGGUGGUGCGCAUUCACUUUUGUGUCACGCCGCUGGCUCCGCGCUCGCCCGGGACCCCCGCUGGAUACACUUUCCACGCCCGGCACUGCUCGCUGGCGGGUAUGGCUCCGGUUGGUAGGAUUUGCCUGGAAGUCGUUGUGGCAGACCAUCAAGGUUGCCGUUCAGCUCCGCGAGGUGGUUGUCUUUCUUGUGGCCUGGUUUCUCUUGUCCGAUGCCAUGGCCACAGUCUCUGGGACAGCGAUUCUCUUUGCCCGCACGGAACUGAAGAUGAGCACGACGGCGGUUGGCCUCCUGUCGAUCACGGCGACCUUGUCUGGCAUGACGGGCGCGUUUCUCUGGCCGCAUGUUUCUCGGCGAUUCAAAUUGCAGUCUAACCAGACCAUCAUCCUUUGCAUCGCGUUAUUUGAAAUCAUUCCGUUGUACGGAAUGCUUGGCUUCGUUCCAUUUAUCCGCAGGUGGGGCUUCCUUGGGCUGCAACAGCCGUGGGAGAUCUUCCCUCUGGCCAUUGUCCACGGAAUUGUGUCAGGUGGUCUCUCCUCUUACUGCCGUUCCUUUUUCGGGCUUCUGAUCCCUCCCGGGAGCGAGGCGGCAUUCUAUGCUCUUUACGCGGCUACGGACAAGGGUAGCUCGUUUAUUGGCCCUGCCGUGGUCGGGGUGCUUAUUGACGCGACCGGUCAAGUGCGGUCCGGCUUCUUUUUCAUUGCAGUGUUGAUCGUGAUGCCUAUUCCGCUGGUGUGGAUGGUGGAUGCGGACAAAGGCCGUCGCGAGGGUCUGGCAAUGGCAGAUGUGCUGGAUAAGUCCCACGGAGAAGCGGAGGACGCCUAUGAAGCAGAGGGACUGUUGAACCCAAAUGCCUAG